GUUUGCAGCUCCAUUGUUUAGAGCAAAAAUAGUGUGAUAUUGUCUGUAUCAGAUCUAAUAUACCAGUAGUACUAUAUUCUAUAGCUUUAAUCAUACGGAGAUUGUUUGCAGAAAAAAGAGGAUUCUAAUGAGAGGAAGGAUAAUCAUCAAAAACCAACCCGUCUGCCUUUAAACCCUGCCAUCAUGACUUACGACACUACUGCUUUGCCUAAACAGCCCACAGACUGCCGUGAGGUUCAGAUUCCUAUCGAAAUCUUCCUCAUCAUUGGUGUUGUGAGCCUGAGCGAAAACCUUUUGGUUGUCAUUGCGGUGAUUCGCAACAAAAAUUUGCACUCUCCAAUGUACUGCUUCAUCUGCAGCCUGGCGGCUUUUAACACCAUCGCAAGCAUCUCAAAAACCUGGGAGAACAUUAUGCUGGUUUUUAAAAAUGCUGGUCAUUUGAACUCUCGGGGAACAUCUGCACUCAGGAUAGACCGUGUAAUGGACACGCUGCUCUGCAUGUCAUUUCAAGGCUCCAUCUUGAGUUUCCAUGCAAUUGCUGUGGAUCGCUACAUUACCAUAUUCCACGCAUUACGUUACCACACACUCAUGACUAUGAGGCGAACAGCAUUCAUCCUGAUCACUAUCUGGGCCCUGUGUGGCUUCAGUGGUGCCCUCAUGAUUGCAUUCUAUGAGGCUGCUGUGGUGAAGAUCUUCUUCAUUGUGAUCUUUGUCGCAGCCCUGUUUCUCACCCUCCUGCUUUAUGUGCAUAUGUUUUUGCUGGCACGUUAUCAUGCAAGCAGGAUCGCGUCCAUGCCAGGAACCACUGGGCACCACAGAAGGAGUGGCCUGAGGGGAGCACUCACACUUACCAUCCUCUUUGGUGUGUUUGUGAUCUGCUGGACACCCUUCUUUCUCCACCUUAUGAUUAUUAUGGUAUGUCCCGAAAACCCAUACUGUGAGUGUUAUCGGUCGCUCUUCCAGCUGCAUGUGUUGCUGUUGAUGAGUCAUGCAGUCAUCGAUCCAGCUAUUUUUGCCUUCCGGAGCGCUGAGCUACGAAACACCUUCCGAAAAAUGUUCUUCUGCUUAAUGGAAGCUCAAAAUUAUGUCCAUGGUACGUGUGAUUUUGGAAUAUCAUGUGCAUAACAAAUAUAAUAAGCAUUCCUUAGAAUCAGUAAUAAAUGAUCAACUCAGGCAGUCACUUCAUAGAAUACUGGUUAACCAUUUAUUUAAAUUGUCAUGAUCACUUAUUCACAUUUUUCACCUUCACUUAUUCAUCUAUUAGGAAAUAAAUAAACAUGAAGUGAGAACAUUUACAAUAUAAGCACAAAAACAUUAAUAGUGCAUCUUUACACAAUUAGUUUGUAGCACAGUUAUGAUAUUUCCUGGAACAAUUAUACAGAAAUGUACUAUACUUAUUCAAUCAUGAGCGUAAAAAAAUGAUUACCUAUAACAUUCAAAAUCAAUGCACUUUUUUACACUUGUUUUAAGUGAACGAGAUUUCUUUACAUAUAUGAUUUAAAAAAUGUUUUCCUAAACUCAUUUGGUAUAACCGUGGAUUUCUCUUUUUCUUUUUCUUUCUCUCUUUUUUACUAUAUUUUUUUCAAUCUGGAAAAUUUUACAGAAUGUUUUCUCAGUAACAAUAUAAAUAAAUAUAACAGAAAAUACAAUACAAUGCCACAUUUCACAAACAGUAUUAUAAUGACAAAAAUAUAUAUACAAAAUCCAAUUUAUGCAUGCUUCAUUUAUUUAAUUAAACUCUGGGUGACUCUGUCCUUAAUUCAGAAUCAACCGUAAAUCAGAAAUGUAACAUUUUUGUUAAUAAAUGAUACAUUAUCUCCACAUAAUGUACAUGCACAAUGCAUAAAACUAUAGAGUAACACACACACACACACACACACACACACACACACACACACACACACAGUAUUACUAUACUAUACUAUUACUAUUUAUAUAGUAUAACACAUUUACAGUGCAUUACAGAACACUUAAGUUAUCACUGAAUUACAGUUAUGCAACAUUGCUGGUAUAAAAAUGACUUAAACAGAUAAAAAUGGUAUCAGGAAAUAAAAAUAAUCAAUAGUUUCUUACAGAUUUGUCCAUUGGUGGAUAAUGUAUCAAAAACGUUUAUUCAGGUAAAAGAAUUCAGUCAAAUAUUACUUUACUUUCAGAAAUGUUGAAGUACAUUUCUUUCUUUACUUUAAAUGCAUCAUUAAGCUUAAACACAAAAAAGUUGAAACAUAACAAACUGGCUAAAAUGACAAACUUGUAAACUUGUUCACCAAGGCUAAUUAUCCACAUCUAACAAACAACAUCUGAUUAACAACAUCCUCCUAAAAGCGAUCUUACUCUGGCUUGAAAAAAGUAGUAGUAAUAGAAAGCAGUCACAAUAAAAACUUUAAACAGGAAGUGUGCAUAAAGACAUGUAUUACAGUAUUAAGAAGUAUUAAGAAGUAUUACUGAUAUAUUUAUAUAAAAAAGUAAUUUUACUAAAUAAUGCUAUAAUGAAAGAAAUUCUCUGUCUUGGUCAUGUGGUUUUCACACAACAGACUUCAGAAGAUGAGGUUAAUUAAAUAUUUUCAUGAAAACUCAGUACUGUAUAUUAUUAUGUCAGUGUAUACAUUAUGUGAUGUUUAGAAGAAAGAACUGAACUGAAAAUUGGGUAAUGUUAAGGAGAUAAUGGUUUCCUGUUGAUACACUCAGCACUCAAUCUUAUUGUUUAACUGCUUGUACAUUAGACUUUUGUUUUUUACUUCUAACAAUUUUCAUUGUUUAGUAAAUGCAGGGUGCUGACCUUUCGUCUUGUGGUCUCAAUAAGAAAUAAGUGAUAGUAUUAUUUUUCUCACUGUUAGCACUUCCUCUAGCUGCCUUUCUGUAGCUUACUCACUCAUAUGGGUCUGAGAGUAUGUGAGAGUUUUGUUACUUUAAUUACUCACACUACUUACUAACACUGAAAUAAAGUAAGGUGUUUCUUUGGAUUGCCUUUGCUACAGCAAGCCAAUAUUACACCUAGCUAUCUGCAUAGCAUCUAAUAUUUAGCUAGUUGCUGUAAUGUGGCUUAGUUCAUUGAGA